AAAGACAAACAACCCGAAGGCGGGUACGACAGCACGCCCAUCCCCAAACCCCCCGCGGGCACCAUCGGCUACACCGUCAAGUUCACCUUCCACUCCGCCUCCGCCCUCACCAUCGGUGACCUGGGCGUCAUGUCUUCCGACCCCUACAUCUUCGCCCAGCUCAACACCGACCUCGAGCCACGGCACAAGGAAGACCCGCGCCUGCGCUUCCGCUCGCCCACAGUCCACAAAAACCUCAAUCCCACGUGGAACGAGGAGUGGAUCGUGGCCAAUGUGCCCUCGUCGGGCUUCCGGCUGAAGGUGCGCGUGUACGACGAGGAUCCCGCGGAUCACGACGACAUGCUGGGCAAAGCGCAUAUUACCGUGCCCUCGCUGGACGAUAACUGGGCUGGGUUCAUGAAGGAGUCAUAUAAAUUGACGCUGCGCGAUAGCAGCAAGCGCGCGCUCUUCAUCCGAGCCGUAGCCAGGUGCUUCGGGGUGGUGAAGAAGUUCCAGGGCGAGGUGACGGUGUCCGCGGAACUGCUCGGCCGCACCGAAAACAAGAACGACGGGCAGAACGGCAAGGCCUACACCCUAGGCCCAGUGCGCUGGUGCCGGCACUACAGCCCCAUCCUCGGGCGCCUGGCGAACAUCAAAGAACCCUCCGAGGGCGACACGCGCUCUCCCUCGGCCGACAAGAAGCACCAGCAAGAAGUGCAAAAGUACAACUUCCAAGCCAACGAGUUCCAGCUGCCCGGCCCCGUGCCCGCCGAGCUCUACCACCGCUUCGUCGAGUUCCGCCCGUGGGUCAAGCGCAUGUUCACCACCACCGGCUUCCAGGGCGUGCUGCUCGGCAAAGCCCUGCAUCACCAGCACAACCGCGUGUACAACUUCUCCCGCGACACCGUGUGGGGCCACUUCCCGCAAGGCCCGAGCGAAGAGAUGACGAAGAAAUUCCUCGAGCUCGCGCACUACGCCCAAGGCGGCCGCAUCUUCACCUACAUCAUCACCCUCGACGCGCUCUGGCGCUUUACCGAAACCGGCCCGCAAAUCAGCAUCGACAUGCUGAGCAAGCACACCAUGCACAGCGACGUGAGCAUCUACAUCGCCUUCUCCGGCGAAUUCUUCCUCCGCCGCCUGAAACAUCCCCGCCGGCCCCCGCCCCCGGACCCCGUAGACGAAACCUCCCAACGCCAUCCCCCAUCCCACCAGGCCAACGAAAUCGAAGCCGAGGCGGAAGACGAACCGCCCACCGACCCCGCGCACUACGAACUCGUCAUCGACAACGACUCCGGCACCUACCGCCCCAACGCGCAGAAAUUGCCGCUCCUCGCCGACUUCCUCGCGCACUGCUUGCCAGGCCUGCACAUCCAGACGCUCGACUGCCAAGCCGACGCGGACAAGAUGGCGAAGAUGAAGGCCGCGCAGCGCGACCGGAAGAAGAAGACCGGCGAUCACGUCGUGUAUGCACAGGGCGACGAUUCAUCCUCCAUCUCGUCCGAAGAGCACGAGGCCCUCGAUGCCGCGGAGCAAGGCGGU